AUGAGAUUCUUGAAAGCUCUUUCGCUAGCACUAAGCAUUUGCCAGAUUCGCGGACUCCAUCUCUACAUGCGAAAUGGUGAUAUCAAAUGUUUUUACGAAAAUUUGGCUCAGGACAGUGUUUUAAAUGCCAAAUUUGAUUCCGUUCCCCAGGCCGGCACUAUCGAUCCAAAUGAAACCGUUGACAUCAAUCUGGUCACCACUGUCUAUGAGACUUUUGACAAUGAUCACAAGGCAUUGAGCCAACAAAUAAGAUCUAAAGGUGACUUCACAUUCACCGCACUUGAAAGUGGCGAGCACAAAAUUUGCAUAGCUUCCGACAUUUCGGAACCGAAGUGCACAAUUAAGGUAGAGCUGGAACUCGAUAUCUCAGUGCUUCAUUUGCCGGAUGUAGAAAUUGUUCAACAAGCACGGGAUGCUAAUGUUAGACUGCGACGUCUUGCAGGACGUUUAGAAGUACUGCGUAAUGAACAGCGCGCUACAAAAGCCCGAGAAAAGAAUGCUUUGGUACUCAGCCAAAGGGCUCAAUCCAAGGUUUUAUUUUGGUGUGCUCUGCAAUCAUUCAUACUGGUGGGAACUCUUUAUAUUCAGCUCAGAUGGUUGAAAGAUGUUAGCAGGCGCAAACUUAACUAA